ACCUGGCUAAACCUAAGUGUGGCAAAAACUUGUCACUCUCUGGUCACAUUCAAAACACUAACCUGCUCGGUUGUUAUUAUGGAAGAAGCUGGAUGAUCAGCAAGAUAGGUCCUAUCUUCACGGAGAUCUGUAGAGAGGGGAAAUUAGUAAUACAUCAUCAGCAAAGAGUGUUACUUGGCAGUGGUUACCCUACCAAAUUACUUCUUCGAGUUGGAUGGCAUUCAAUUGAUUAAGAAGUUUCAGAAGAUAAAGGUUGCAUAGCAUAGCAUACCCAACUUGGUUCCAACAAGAACUACGGGAACACCAGGUGCAAACCGGCGAAGCUCUGGCAUCCACUGUCCAGAUGAAGCCAUUUCGUUAGUAUGUACUCGAGAGAUUCUAAAGGUAACAAGAUAAAAGAAUGAUGCAAUGUGAUGUGCAUGUACUUGUCUCUAGGAGGUGAGCUUCACUUUGACAAUAUCUUAUAGGAAGCCAUCAAGAAGCAAACAACAAUAAGCGGAAGCAUCGUACCAAUAUCCAAGUAAUUCAGAAGGGGAGAACAACGAUAAGAUCCACCAUGCACGAGUCAAGCAAACCUUCCCUUACUCUCACAGGCUUCGGCGAACUCCUCCUCACCCUAAGAUGGGUCCAACAAGCUCCUCGUUGUCGCUGGUACGUUGGUGGGAUGGAUGGGAGUGGCACGAAAUGAUUGGAACUAGGACUACCCAAGCAAAAAGUUUCUUCCAGGGGUUGGGAUUUUUGUUCCAAUCUUUUAAGAAAAGAAAAGAAAAAAAAAAGUCCCGAAGCCGACGCAAAUGGAGUAUUCAACAAGUACACCGAGCUGGACGACCUGAUGGGGUCAUCUUCCCGAGCCAGUCAAAACGGCAGUGCGCCGCCGCACGCCGGCCAAAUCAGUCGCGCCUCCGCAUGGGCGGGCCGGCGACGCCCCCGUCGCGGAUGGCCGCCGGGGCGCGCAAGUGGCUGGAGGAAGCCGGCGUCGCCUUCGACGGCUCCGACCGCCGCGCCUUCAACGCGUUGCCCCUCACCGGCGUGCGCGUCUCCCUCGCCGAGGGCGGCCGCGCCGUCUGCUCGCUCCGCGUGCCCGCCGAGCUCACGGACGCGGAGGGGAACUGGCACCCGGGGGCGAUCGCGGCGGCGGCGGACGACGUGUGCGCGGCGGCGAUCAUGUCGGUGGAGGGCAUCAUCAAGGUCUCCGUCCACUACGACAUCUCCUACUUCUCGCCGGCCAAGUACCAUGAGGAAGUUGAGCUGGACGGCAGGGUGGUGGAGCAGAAGGGGAAGAUGACGGCGGUGACGGUGGAGAUCCGGAAGAAGGAUUCCGGCGAGCUGGUCGCCAUCGGCAGGCAGUGGAUGUCCACCACCAGACCCAAGGAACCUCAAGCAAGCAGCAAGCUUUGACUCUGAACUUAACCAGGUAUGGUAUGCUUAGCUCCCCAAAUGGAGUUCAUCCACUCAUCACCUUAAGCAAUUAUCGAGGUGUUUCAAGAGAAAAUCACUCCCAUUUUGUACUCUAAAACAUACUGGUACUGAAUUUUUAAUUGAAAGGGUGUAGAAAGAGACAUCCAUUGAGCCAAUGUGAAUUGCUCCCAAGAAAAAAGGAUUCUUUUUUGUGUGACUGUGAAAGGGGACAUCUGGACAUGGUCUAAGCUCAAA